AGCCAUAUUGGCUGGAAGUGACGUAGAAUGCCGGAAACAGAAACAAUAGCACGAAAACAACUUCCUUUCCGACAUUCACAGGAGCAAGAUGUCGCUGGUGAUCCCAGACAAAUUUCAGCACAUUCUUCGUGUUCUCAACACGAACAUCGAUGGACGGCGCAAGGUGAUGUUCGCCCUGACAGCCAUUAAGGGCGUAGGGCGCCGCUUCUCAAACAUGGUGUGCAAGAAGGCCGAUGUCGACCUGAACAAGCGCGCCGGAGAGCUGACUGAGGAAGAGGUGGAGAAGCUGAUCACGAUCAUGUCGAAUCCCCGCCAGUACAAGAUCCCAGACUGGUUCCUGAACAGGCAGAAGGACAUCAAGGACGGCAAGUUCAGCCAGGUGACGUCGAACGCCUUGGAGAACAAGCUGCGUGAGGACCUUGAGCGGCUGAAGAAGAUCCGUGCCCACCGGGGUCUCAGACACUUCUGGGGCCUGCGUGUGAGGGGACAGCACACCAAGACCACUGGCAGGAGGGGAAGGACUGUUGGUGUGUCCAAGAAAAAGAACUAAGGGCUUCAAUAAAAGUGUUGAGCAUCAA